GCAUGCGCUUUCUCCAUAGUGACCAGCAAACAGGUUCGUCGUUCAGUAAGCAGAUUUUGGCGAACGGAGAAGCAUACAGAGAAAUAAGAAAUACAUAAAAUCAUGGAGGCAGAGUCUUUGCAUCUUGAGGUUGACUAUGUAGGGUCUAGUGGAACUAUUCUUAGUCCCGAGCAGAAGGCUGCUCUUCAAACAUCACUGGUGAUCUUGAAAAACAACCAAAAGUUCAAUCGCGUUUACUACUGGGGAAAGAUACUUGGAGUAAAGGAUGAUUAUUUCAUUGCCCAAGGAAUAGGCAAAGAUGAAAUGAAUGACAAGACUACAUUAUACAGCAAGGAUUGUGUAAAUUGGAAUCUUUUACCACCAGCCACAGAUGCCAUGAAAAAAACAUCUCGUCUUGCAAAAGGAAGGUUUACAGGUGAUCCUUCCUAUGAGUUUGAGCAUGUAGAAGUUAAGAAGACAUACGGAGAAAAUGAUGAAGUACAGGAGGAGGAGGAAACAAUUCCAAUAAAGGAGGAAGACCGUCUAGCCUCAGUAAUCUCAGAUAUUGAUAAUGAUGUAAGCAUUGUCCCAAGAGCAGCUUUUAUCAAGAGACCAGCAGGACAAGUUGUGAAAAACAGAAGUUUUGAAGGUCUUACAGUGCAAGAGGCAGCAAAAUUGUCAUCAUACAUGCAUUUUCGAGAUGCUGUAAAGCUCAAUGAAAAGACUCUAUUACAGAGGGCAAACCUGGACAAGGCUAUAGAUUUCUUAGACAUAAUUGAAGAAGACAUACCAAAAGGUUCAUGGAGUCUCCAGUUUGAGCGUGGCAGUGGCUUGGUCACAUUGAGAAGUCUUCUGUGGCUGGGAUAUGUAUUCUACCAUGUCCCAGGCACUCGGAAGUUUGGCUGUGUCUACACUGGCACAGGGGAGAAGAACCAAGAUCUGCCUUUCAUGUUGUAAAAUGGCAGAAAACUUUGUAAGUAACUUCAAAUUGACUGGACACCAAUAAGGAGAGGAUAAAUAUCGUCUUGGAUUUGGAUCCCCAAGGCAGCAUUUGUCACAACCAGGCCUUUGUCACAACUAGCUAAGAUGAAAUAAUUCGAUUUGUAAUGAAAUCAAGGAUUUUUUCAACAACCAAGGGCAUACAGAGUAAUAAGAAAGCAUAAAAAUGUUGCUUUUUUUCCAAAGAUCUGUGAAAAACUGAUAUCUAAACUUUACAUUCAUUUCCUGAGAGCUAUUGAAAGAGCUUAUCUUGGAUGAAUGAAAUCUUUUGUCUUGAAAAAUUCUGGAAAACAUGUACAGUGUAGUAAUUUCAGCAUUAUUAUAUGUUCUUAAUGUGUAAAUAAAUUUGUAUUCUUUA